AUGGCAAAGAAGCUUAGAUUUAUCCUCUUAGCCAUACUCUUCCUCCUUAUUACACUAGCCUAUCCCUGCUGGAGUGAACCUAUCACAAACAUUACGUCCUUAGGGAAGUUUCCUUAUGAAGUUCAACGCGUUAAGCUGCCAACAUUUCAUGAUAACCGUUUGAUUUCAUCGGAUGAUUGUGAGCAAACCUAUGGUGUUAUGCCAUGCACCAACGCUGUCCUAGGAAAUGGCUUUCUAAUUCUUGUAUAUGCUUAUUGCAUUUUCUGGGCUGCGAAGAUUUUGACUGAUGGAAGUGAGAUUUUGCUUGAGAUUCUUGGUCCGGGCAUCAUUGGUGGGCUCUCCUUGCCCAUAUUCAGCUCACUUCCUAAUGCUAUUAUCAUCCUUGCAUCUGGACUAUCUGAGACCAAGGAAACUGCUCAAAGUCAGCUCUCCAUUGGAAUGGGCUUGCUGGCUGGAACAGCUGUUAAUCUUCUGACAUUACUUUGGGGAUCCUCUGUUUUAUUUAGCAGGCAUGACCUUAAGAUUCUGCAGAUUCAACAAAUGCAAAACGCUUUAGCUUUAGUGAUGAUGACUCUGGAAGAUGACAAACCGGAGACUAGCACCAAACCUGCUGAGGCUGCAGCUGAAGAUGCUGGGAAGAAGCCGAUGCCUUGA